AUGAAAAUCUUUGCCAAGCGAAAGAAAAAAGAUGCGAGCAGCGCUACCAAAAGAACAUCGUUUCAAUCUGACCCAAUCGUCGAAGAACUCUUGAAGAAGGAUCCAAGUGAGUGGAAUGCCAAGCAAAAGCGCAUGGUGAAGCGUUAUCAGCAGCGCAAGGCGGAAACUGGAGACGACAAUAACGCACAAAAGGAGCAGCAAGAAGUGCCAGUGAGAGAAGAGAGCAAAGCGGAGGAAAUGACGGUGGAACGCGUUGAAAAGGAAGAAGUGAAAAAUACAGAAGAUAUAGAAGAGGAAUCAGAGGAUUCCGAUGACAGCGAUUCUGAUAGCGAUAGCGGUAGCGACAAUGGUUCCGAUGGUGACAGUGACCAAGAAGUAGACGAAAAUAGUGAGGAGCAAGUUGAAUUAGAAAAAGAAACUGAAACGACAGCAGAAAAAGAAAUUGAAACGACAGCAGUACAAGAAAUAGAAACGACUGCCAAGGAAGAACCAGUUGCCGAAACUAAGAUGGAAACCCAAACACCACCAUCAACCACAGAGACUGAAACCGAUUCGGACAAGGUCGACACAUCUCACCCAGUGUACAAGCUACUGGACCAACUCAACUCGAAAACUAAGCGAACCUUAUCUCGAAAAUUGGAUCGGGAAGGCAGCAAAGCGCUACCUGAAGUCGAGCAAGAAGUCAAAAAGUUGUUGGGUAUCACGAAUGAAACCUCUAAAAAGAGAGGAGCCGAUACCGUUGGUGGCAAGCCAAACAAGAAGAAAAAGGUCGAUUGGAGCGGUCUACCACCUGAAGAACGCCUGAGACGACAAGAACAACGAAAAAGGCAACAGGAGGCUGCUGAACGUCGUGCCAAUGGCGAAAUGACGAGUGGUUCUCACAAGCAUCCACUCAACUCUGAGCGCCGACGAGCCAAUCGCCGCAAACCAAAAUGGAAGAACACGUUCAAGGUGGAAGAAAAUAAGAACCACAAUGCUUCUGGAUUCUUGGCACGCAGAGAUGUUCCGGCAAGACGGAAUCAAGGAUACUAG